AUGCCCAUACAUCAUUUCACUGACCUCCAACCAGAGCCGCAGUCUGCGCUGCUGGGCCAAGGUUUCAUCUCGCCCGACUUCAGCACGGGUGACAUUCGCGCGCUUCUGGCGAGACUCGUGAAGCAGACGGAGUCAAUGGAGAAGGCCGCAAACCACGGAGAGCAGGCCCUUGUUGCCGCCGGUGGUGCUGCAGAGCAGGCAGCACGCCAUGCGGACCGAGCCGAAAGGCUGCCAGCAGCGGAGCCUGGGACGGAGGCGAUGGGCGAGUUCGAAGGCUUUCUGCCGCCGAGGUGGUGGAUCACUUAUGGCCGGAAAGCCAUGGGAAGCUGCCAUGUACUGCUUCCCAUGGCUUGUGUCCAAGGAAGCCCUACUUUGAGAGGGCUCUGUUCAUCCAGAAGCCGCAG